GGAAGUUCACCUGUCUCCAAUUAUCUACACCUGCUCUGAACACAUAUCUCAUUGUCUCUCCUCAUAAUAUAAAAAAGACCAUGUUCACUAGCUUCUAGACAUGAGCAUCUGGUAGCAAGUUCUGACUCAUGGCACUUGCUUCAUAUGUCUGUGUUGCCUGGCUGGCAGCCACACUCAUAGCUGCAAACAGCGCUGAUGUCAGUAGGUCAGACUCCAAAAUGGCCACCAAAGAUGAAGAGCAAGAGCAAACUGUUUCUGCAAGAAGAACUGCUCGAAUGACUCGUUGUCGACCAGAAUGGAAGCAUUAUCAGGGAAGUUGUUAUCGCUAUGUAACAAUGACGAAGAAAUCAAGCUGGCAAGAGGCACAGAAUGUUUGCAAUGACAACGGUGGCCAUCUGCCUACCAUAAGUUCUGAAGAGGAGAACACAUACGUGUACAACAUGUUUCAAUCUCACUGCAAAACAACAUAUGUCAGAUAUCUGGGUUUCCAUGAUAGCGUCAAUGAGACAUACUUUAAGUGGGUAGAUGACUCAACAUCCAGCUACACAAAAUGGAGCAAAGACGAGCCAAACGACAAACGAUCUAAUGAAGACUGUGCUCACUUUUCACGUGGCAUCCCUGAUUGGAAUGACAUAAACUGUAUUACACCGUUCUCUAAUUGUUUCGUGUGUGAAGACACACCAACUUGUCCUCAUGGUUGGGUACCGUUUGGUGGUUCCUGCUUUCGUCAAUUCUAUCACGCUUCAGCUCUCAGUUGGGAUGAAAGCAGAGCAAAGUGCAGAUCAGUGGGUGCUGACUUAGUCUCUGUUAAUUGUGAAGAAGACCAAAAGUUUCUUAACAGUUUCAUGGCUGGACGAAAACCGUACCCCAUUGGAUUUACUGAUGCCAGCAAGGAGGGUACUUUUCGUUGGUCUGAUGGCUCCACAAGUACUUACACAAAAUGGGUAGUAAAUGAACCAAACAAUAAAGGAAGCAAUGAAGAUUGUACAGACGAUACUAUUAAUAUGGGGUGGAAUGACAUACCAUGCAGCCACAAAUUCAACCACCACUACUUUCCAUGCGAGAUGAACUGACAUUCCUGAUGGAAGUUAGAACAAUUGAGUGCUUCUCUGAUACAUUCAAUGCAUUUAACGAGGUUGCAUGUAGCCUACGCGGUUUGUAAGUGAUCAGAAAACGUACAAAUUUGCGUUUUGUGUUUGUCAAAGUGAAAAAGUGGUGCAUACACGUAUCGUAUGUGCACACAUUACAUUGAGUAUGGUGACAAGGUACCACGUGUUACCAUGGGGUUUACAUUCUGUAUAGCAACACAAGUAGGCAAGCUUACAUGACAUUGUAAUGUGCAUCCACGAUUGAAAUGCAGAGAUAUUGCUUCAACGUUGAACGUCAUAGCAAGCAAAUAGAAGUGGUCCAGCCUAACGUACGCUAACAAGCCUUGUAUUUCAGCUGGCCACUUGCGUUUCUUAGAUGUUAUGACCGCAUUUCUUAGAUGUUAUGACCGCGUCUCUUAGUGCACGUUAGGCCUGGCCACUCAAUUUGCUUCCGGGUGUGCAGUAAAAGCUAAUAGAAAUGUGUGUGACCAAAAGAGUCUAGUUUAAUCUUUACCACCCAAGUAACCUUGUUAUAGUGCAAGACUGGCUCCA